AUGCCCGACCGGAAACGCAAUAAUCUGAGGUCCCGGCAGGCCCGGACGGCAGCCCCCGCCAACGGGCUCCACCCGAAGCAGAUUAACACGCGGCUCUCGCACGCAAGGGGCGCAGACGAGCUGCUGCACCUCUACGGCCAGCACGGUCCUUCAAUGAACGACAUCAACCUUGCGACCUGCUGGUCCGGCCUCGGCAGAGCUCGCGGCGCGGACCGAGCGCGGCUGCUGGGCGGCGACGGCGAGCGGCUUUGGGGACUCAGAGGCCAGACUGUGCAGCGCCUGCCAACCUUUUCGAGCGUCCAGGGGCUGGCAAACAUUGCGCACGCCGUGGGCAAGCUGAGGCCGAGCGGCAGCGCCUGGGUCUGGCUCCGGGAGCGCGGCGUGGACUGGCCGCAGCUUCCCCUCCCUCUCAGCCAGCGCUGCUGCGAGGCCUUCCACAGCGUCGAAGUUACGCCAUCGCGACUGCAAAGCGACGUCGCCAGCACGCUUCGUUCCCUCAACCUCUCGCCCAUGGAGGAGAUGCGCACGAUGGAUCAAAUCAGCCUCGAUGCGGUUGUCACCUAUCGCGGGCACAACGUGGCGGUGGAGGUGGAUGGGCCGUUGCACUUCUUUGGCCAGCGGCCCACCGGCGCAACGGCCCUCAAGCGGCGGCAGCUGCGCGCGGCGGGAUGGCCGCUGGUCUCAGUUCCGUUCUGGGAAUGGGACCGGCUGGAUGGCAUCCACGCGAAGUGCGAGUACCUGCAUUGGAAGCUGGAGGCCGCGCUGUAUGACUAUGAGCACUCGUGA